AUGGGCGAAACCUUCGUUGCCGUGGUGGCUGGUACAUCAGAGGCGGUCACCACUGCUGGCGCCAGCGUGAAACUGGAUGCAGAGCUCAUGCAGCAGCUAGGCGGACAGCCUUUGGUUCUCAGUUUCACAAGCUUGUCGGACACGGCCGCUGAGCAGUUCGGCGUGGAGUUGGCAGUGCCAGUGUCCAUCUCUCUUUGGUCUUUGCAGGGUUCUCGCAUCAGUGUGUCUAAUGCCGUUGUGCCUCUGCAGAUCCGAAUUCCAACCAACAACUCGGAAGCGCAGUGUGUCUUCUGGAAUGAGACCUUGGAAGAAUGGACCUCAGACGGCCUCACACGGGUGGGCUAUGAGGACGGAGUACUUAUUUGUGAAUCGACACACUUGACCAUUUUUAGUGCGUUUUGGCAACAAUUCGGUAUUGCCUUGAGAUGCAGCACAGCACCAGCUUUGUUGUCGGCGGAAGGCUUGUCGGCCUUUGGACGUUUCCCCAGCUGGCUGGGCUAUUCGUCAUCGCUGAUCGUCAUUUUGUCGCUCUUCUUCUUCGGGCUUUGUAUGGGAUCUGCUGUGGGCAGUGAUCGAUUAGCAGAGCAGAAGGUGGGCAAGGAUGAGUUGGCCUUUGUAGUCACUCUGGCGGCAGCCGGUCAAGUCGCCGGCACAAGCGUCGAAGUGUUGUGCUCCAGUCCUACGAGUCUCCGCGAUGCUGGGGAUGCUUGGAUCCAAAGGCAACAGGAAAAAGAUACGCAGAUCCUGCAGAUGGACUCCACAAGUGACACUGGCGGAAGUCCCUUGCUCGACUGCUUCACCUUCACCGUGGAGCUGCAGAAGCGGCCGGGCACGAACUUCGGUGUGGAACUCUCGGCGGCUGGGAAGGUCUGUAUGGUCAAUGCCGUCCUGGGCGCCAGUUUGAUCGGAGAGUGGAACCGAAUGAUGGAUCAGAGAGGGCCAAAGGAGCACGCUAUCCGUCAGUAUGACCGGCUCAUGGUCUUCAAUGAUGAGAAACCCGCCAAGGGUGCGGAUAUGGUGGAGCGUCUCCACAGCGCCCAGGGCGCCGUGACGUUGAUCGUCCAGCGGCCCCGACGCCACAUGCUCCGCCUCGCGCGCAGGCCAUGGCGGCCGCUGGGGAUCCAAGCGCUGACCAGUGGCAGCGGCUUCCUGUUGAUCACCAGGAUCAACGAAGGCGCCUUCGCUGACCACAAUGCGUUUGCACCGGAGGAGGAUAGGGUGAAGAUCCCGUGCCGACUGGUCGCAGUGUAUGGGCAGAGCGGCAGUGGGGCAGAGCUAUUGCAGUUCAUGGAAGAGUCCCAGAAGACUGUUUUGGACUUGGAAAUUCUCAUUUAUGAUUGA